AAAUUUUACAAUUUGAAAGUGCUUAAAGUAUCUCACAGCCUAUCCAGAGAAAUUAAAAGCCCAUUUGAUCUUCCGUAUCUUGAAGUUGUAGAUAUAGAUCGUUGUUAUAGAUUGAUAAGUCUACCGACAUUCUCAACUUAUUUUCCAAAUCUCAAAGUUCUGCGGUUAAGUUAUUGCCACGGGUUGAUAAAGAGGAUAAUAACACUUUCAAUGGCUAAAAGUUUGGUGCAUUUGAGAGAAAUGAGUAUGUACUGGUGUAAGUUGCUAACUAAUGUAGUAGAAGAAGAUGAGGCUGAUGCAAAAAUAACUGACAUUGGUUUUCACAAUUUGAAGAAGUUGUCAUUUAAAAAUUUAGACUGUCUUACAUGCUUUUGUUCUGGGAAUUACUCUUUUAAUUUUCCAUCUUUGGAAGAGUUAAUUAUAGAAGGAUGCCCCCACAUGAAGACUUUUUGUCCGGGAAUCUUAAGCAUUCCAAGGUUACACAAUGUCAAUUAUGAGAAUGAGCUAGUAGAGAUUGGGGAAAAUGACUUGAAUACAAGUAUACAACAAGCACACAAAAAAAGGGUUAACUCCGAUUUGAGUAAAUUAUCAUUAAGUGGAAGAGAUAUCAUGUCAAUUUGGCAAGGAGAGUUCAAAGAGAACUUUGACAAAGCAAAAACGGUUGAAUUGAUUAAGGAUGAAUAUGCACACAUUCCAAUUCAUAUCAUUGUAAAGUUUAUCAAUCUUGAAAACUUCAUUUUGAAAGUGAGUUCAUACGAAGAGAUAUUCUCAUGUGGAGAAAAUGAGGAACAUGUUGGAGCACUUGCAAAAUUGAAAACGCUAAAAUUGCAAGGACUUUUUAAUUUAAAGUGCAUUUGUAAAGAAGACUUUUGGUUCAAAACAAUUCUUCAAAAUCUUCAUUCUUUAGAGGUAAAAUAUUGUCACAAUUUGAUGACUCUACUACCACCUUCAUCAUCUUUAGAAAAUUUGUGCUCUUUGGAGGUAAGUCAUUGUGAUAGAAUGCAAAACUUAAUGACAUCAUCAAUAGCCAAAAGUCUGGUGCGUCUAGAAGGGUUGACAAUAUAUAAAUGUGAUAUGAUGAUAGAAGUAUUAGCAAAUGAUGGAGAUAUAGAGAAAGAUGAAAUUGUUUUUAAGAAAUUGAAGGGGUUGUCAUUGUUUGAUUUAGAAAGUCUCACACGCUUUGGUUUAGGGAAAUACACCUUAAAAUUUCCAUUUUUAAAAUCAUUAUUUGUGAGUAAAUGCUCCAAGAUGAAGACUUUCUUUGAUGGAGACUUAAUCCUGCCAAGGUUACGGAGGGUGAAUGAGAAAGAUUGUUCAAGUGAUCUUAAUUGGGUCACACAACGAUUACAAAAUGAUUGUUCAAAGUUAUGGGAAAGAUUUCCAUGAUAGCAAAGUGCAAAAUCAAAUGAUGAGAUUGUCAAGUUAUUCCUCAAUCUGUUUGACAUGUUGGCGAAAUUGGUGCUAAAUGACUUUCAAUACAUUGGGAGCCGAUCUAAAGUUGAAAUUGAUAUCGUUUUUGUUAGAUUCUAGUUGCUAGGUGGACUCAAUGUGAUUUCAGGAAUUUUCAUUGAGGAUUUAUGUAAUGUUGUUGUAGUUUUGAAACAUGAUUUACUUGAAAUAUUGUUUGAAAAUGUGAUUUCAUGUUUUGUUGCUAGAUGAUUGCAGGUUUAUGAGAAAUGUAGUAUUUAAUUUAGGGAAGGUCUAUCAAAGAUUAUAAAGUGCAAAUACAUUGAAUUGAAUGGCUCAUGAAUAUAUUUAUCUGGUUAGCAUUGUAUUGUACUUCAACUUGAGCAGGUAUAAUUUGAUACGGAUUAAGCUGUAUAUAUUUUUAGUAAUUUGCUUUUGAAAUUGAUGAUCAUAAUCAGAAAAUGUAGCUGGUGGUUUAAAUGAUUGGAUCAUCUGAAUCUGUCUUUCUCUUGUUGUCUGGGUCCUUUUUGAAGCCUUUUGUUUUUCGGUUGUUCUUCAUUUGAAGCCUCACAUCCUUCCUCAAGUAUAGAAGCCACCCAUCUGAUAUAGAGCUAUUUAAAUGGGAAUUCUCCUUCCUCAAGUAUAAAAGCCACCCAUCUGAUUGCAUCAAUUUCAGCACUCCAGCCCUUCUCCGGACAAAUUUUUGGGCUGACAUUUUAGUUUCAAAGUAAUGUGUUGUUCUUUGUGGUUACAGGUAGUUCUAAGCCCUCCGGUGGAACUUUCAGAAUGAAGCCUCUGCAUAGAUUGUGAGGCAUUGCCUCAUGUUCCUUCUGUUUAAGUGUGACUAGAAAGCUUGUCAAUAAGAGAAUGUGAAAUGAUGAGGGAGAUACAGAGAAAGGUGAAAUUGCUUUCUUUAGACAAGGCUUAAGCAUGCAAAGUUUAAUAGAGGUGAACUGGAAAUAUUGCUGGAAGUCAUACAACCAUUACAAAAUGAACUUUCAGUGCUGUGUGAAAGAUUUGCAGAAUAAAAAGGGUGAGUGAGAUAGUAAACUGAAAUGUCCAUCAACAUGCAGCAAAAUCAUCUGGUGAGUGAGUGAUGUUAGAUGAGUUGACAUUUCUAUAAGUUGCCUUGAAAAAUUCAGUUGAUUAGAUAGAUUUCAGGGUAUAUGUUUUAAGAAAUUAUAAGGAUAAAUAUGAUAUUAAUUAAAAAAUUAAUGGGACUCUAGGAAUAUUAUCUCAUAAAAUAGCAAAACUUAGUAUGGACUGUAAUGGUAGAUCUUGAUUGAGGC